AUGUCGCUUCCUCAUCCGAACGGUCCAAGUACCGACCAUGUCAAGAACUUUGAAAAAAAUGUAGACAAGCAAGUGCCCUGGAACAGGGUGGAAGAAUGGUCUGAUAAAAAUAUAACCGAGGUGUUCAAACAAGCUCAGCCUGGUGAUGAGAUUGAUGUAAAGUUGACCGUAGAUUUCAGCAAAGCUUCGAGAUACACAACUACAGAAGAAAAGAAAGAGUUUAUGAGGAGAAUAGCGGAAUUGGAGGCGCGCUAUAUGCCAAGAUAGAUAGCUUCAGUUAUUUCACAUGAAUAAAAUUUCAC